AGCUGCAAUCUCCCUUACGGCUCUAGGCAUACAUGCUACAGCGGAGGGGGCGUGCAACAAACUCAAUGCCGCUCUGACACCGGUUGAUGUUGCCGUCCCCAACGGCCGCAACCACCCUCCUUCCCACACACAGGGGCUAACGGCUAACCGUAAACACAGAAUCCAACGGCGCCGUAUCGCCCGCUCCUCCUUCGCGUGCGUCCCCAUCACCACCAACAACCGCGAACGGUCCGUCUAUUGUGGAUCGCACAUUCGCCAUGGCUAACAACCUAGCAGCAACACCCCAGACCAUCACAGCGAAGAACCCCAAGCUUGCAGCACAGAUGGCGCAGGACCUGAACAUCGUGCGUAGAAAGCUCACAGGCUAUGUCGGUUUUGCAAACCUGCCCAACCAGUGGCACCGCAAGAGUGUGCGCAAGGGUUUCAACUUCAACGUCAUGGUCGUUGGUGAAUCUGGCCUCGGAAAGUCCACCCUCGUGAACACACUGUUCAACACCUCCCUCUACCCGCCGAAGGAGCGCAAGCCCCCGAGCAUCGACAUUUCUAAGACUGUUUCCAUACAGUCUAUCAGCGCCGACAUCGAGGAGAACGGCGUUCGUCUGCGAUUGACCGUGGUCGACACGCCUGGUUUCGGCGACUUCAUCAACAACGAUGAAUCGUGGGACCCCAUCGUUAAGAACAUUGAGGCACGAUUUGACGCCUACCUGGACGCCGAGAACAAGGUCAACCGCAUGAACAUAGUUGACAACCGCAUCCACGCUGUUGUGUACUUCAUCCAGCCUACUGGACACUCGCUCAAGCCGCUCGAUGUCGAGGUCAUGAAGAAGCUGCACACCAAGGUCAACCUGAUCCCAGUUGUUGCCAAGGCUGACACAGUAUCCGACGACGAGAUCGACAACUUCAAGAAGAGGAUCCUCGCAGACAUCAAGCACCACGGCAUCCGGAUCUUCGAAGGGCCACGAUACGAGCUCGACGAUGAAGAGACAAUUGCCGAGAAUCAGGAGAUCAUGGCCAAGGUUCCCUUCGCUGUUGUUGGUUCCAACGACGAGGUUAUCACGGCUGAUGGCCGCAAGGUCCGUGGUCGUGCCAUGCCAUGGGGUGUUGUUGAAGUCGACAACGAGGAGCACUGCGAUUUCGUCAAGCUGCGACAGAUGCUCAUUCGUACCCACAUGGAGGAGCUCAAGGAGAACACCAACAACAUGCUCUAUGAGAACUACCGUUCUGAAAAGCUCACAGCUAUGGGCGUCCAGCAAGAUUCCAGCGUGUUCAAGGAGGUCAACCCUGCGGUCAAGCAGGAGGAGGAGCGCUCUUUGCACGAGCAGAAACUCCAGAAGAUGGAGAUGGAGAUGAAGAUGGUCUUCCAGCAGAAGGUCAACGAGAAGGAGAGCAAACUGCGACAGAGCGAAGAAGAGCUGUACGCCCGUCACAAGGAGAUGAAGGACCAGCUCGACAGACAACGAUCGGAGCUCGAUGAGAAGAAGGCACGCAUCGAGUCCGGCCGGCCGCUGGAAGAGAAGGGCAAGAGGAAGGGUUUCUCCCUUCGUUAAGCCCGUCUCCUUGGUGUCAGUACGUCUUGACGUCCUGCUCGGCUUAUACCCCCCGCUUCUUUCUCUCCUCCCUCUUACAGACUUGUUUAAUAUGAUGCCGCUUGACGAUAC